GAGCGGGGCGGGAGCAGGAGCAGGCGUGGGAGCGCCGCGGGGCUGGCUGUGUGUGCGGGGCGGCCUGCGCUGGGUCCCCGCGGGCGCCAUGCGGGUGCCGCUGUCCCUCCUGGCUGUCGCGGCGCUGCUGGCGCCCCGCCGGAGCGCGGCUUCCCAGGGGCAGCAGCCGCCCGCAGUGCCUUCACCAACAGGGAUUGUAGUAACAUCUGAAAAUUUCAAAACAGUUUUGCAUUGGCAGUACCCAUCUAUGUCUGAAACUCCUCGUUUUAUUGUGGAAAUCAAGCCUUACAAUUUAGGUCACUAUAAGAAUGUCUCAACCUGUGUGAACAUUUCAGCUCAUUUUUGUGAUCUCUCAGAGGAAAUAUGUGACCCUUAUUCAUCUCACUGGCUUCAAGUUAAAGCUGUUGUUGGGUCACAACAGUCUGAAUAUGUUGAGGCAAAUGAGUUUAUUUUGCAAAGGCAUGGAAGACUAGGACCGCCAAAACUGAAUGUCUCAAGACAUGGUGAUAAAAUCAUGGUUGAUAUUCACCAUCCUGUAUUCCCUCUUUCUUGUAUUGAAGACAUUUAUUCAAGUCUUGCCUACUUGGUGACUGUUCGGAAUAGUAAAAAUGAGACUGAAGAGCUCUACGAGGACAACUGUACAAUGCCUAAGUGUAGCCUCAAAAUCCCAAUUCUUACUGAAGGUUCCACUUACUGUGUUUCAGCAAUAGGAAUUUUUGAUUCUCUGAUGGUUGGCACUCCAUCAGAGGAAAGAUGCAUUCCUGUUCCUCUCAGGCAGACAUUGAGUACACAUGUUAUCAUCAUCCUGUGUGUUGUUAUUGGGAUCUUGACGGUAAUUCCGACAGUAUAUUGUGGUUGCAAGAAACUGAGGAAAAACAACAUACAGCUGCCUAAGUCUUUGGUCAGUGUGAUGAGAAACCUGAACACAGGCACCUUAGCGGGACCAAGAUCAGAGGGGAAGUACAUACCUGUGACAUCAGGCCAGUCGGAGUUGCCAGUGAAUGGAGAAGUAAACUUGCUGGAGAUACAGCCAAAAGAACAGACUGUUAGUCCUGUGAAUUCCUGUGAUGGAGAAUCUUCUGUCCCUUCCCCAGAGGCACCAGCCAAAGCAGAAGAGGUGCCUGUGCAGGAAAGCAGAGAGGAGAGCUCUUUUGAUACUGAUGAACAAAACCGUGAAGGAAAAGAGAGUUACUUCAUUUCCAACAGUAGCCAAAUGGAUAUAUGCAAUAAGUCUUCAGGAUCAGAGAUUCCCACCACAGAAACACAGCAAUCAGUCAUUCCUAGCAGCUGCUUCAAGUUUUCUGGCUAUGACAAGCCUCAUGUUCCGUUGGAUAUGUUGAUGAUAGAUGUUGGUGAAGAACAGCCUGUGAAUGCUUACAGGCCAACUGAGUAGCCAGGAUAACUGAUGUGCUUAACUACAACUCAGAAGGAACAGCAUUACUGAAGGUUAUGUAAAGUCUGGGUUAAAUAGUGAACAUCUACAAGUUGUACUUGUUCUAAUCAGUACACAAUUGAAAAUAGUACCUGAAAAUGGCAUAAAAA